UUAUCCAAAACCCUCGUUAUUUUAGACCUUAGUUAUAAUGUAGAAGUUGAUUUCGGGUUGAUUUCGGGUCAGUACUUUUUAUUUGUUUAUUGUUUUCAAACUGCAAAAGGCUUCCAACAUUUGCGACGCUGAGUGGCCCUUUCGACGUGUAACGAGCACAGCUGCUUGAGCUUUUUGUUUUGGGGGUGUCAGAAGCUUCUUGAGCUUGUUCAAGUAACUGUUUAUACUACUUCACCAUUCCCCUUCUGUCCUUAAGUCCCAAAAGCAACCCACAAGCUCAUCAGUCCAGUCGAUAAUGGCGGACCGGUUCUUCCCAAAUAUAAUGCCAGAUUUCGUAGCCGAAACUCCAACUUUACCAACCCAAGAAGCAGAACCCGAAAUUGGGUCUGGCUCACUCAUGAAACUCCUCUACAUGGUUUACCCAUCUCUCUCCGAGCGCUUCAAGCGCACAGCUUUGGACCUCAAAGAAACCAUACUCACAGAGACAUGGGGAGCCACUGGUCAACACGUCCAUGACUUCACUCUCUACUCUGGGGCUCUGGGCACUGCCCUUUUGCUCUUCAAAUCUUACCAAGUCACCAGCAACACGAAUGAUCUGAGUCUUUGUUCUCAGAUUAUCAAGGCCUGUGACUCUGCUUCUCUUGGUUCAAGGGAUGUGACAUUCAUAUGUGGCAGAGCUGGUGUUUGUGCUCUUGGGGCUGUUGCAGCAAAGCACCUCGGUGACUCUGCUUCUCUUGAUUAUUAUUUAGCCCAGUUUAGGGAGAUUAAGCUGUCAAGAAAUCUCCCUGAUGAAUUGUUGUAUGGGAAAGUUGGGUUUUUGUGGGCUUGCUUGUUUUUGAACAAACAUCUUGGUGAGGGUACAAUUUCUUCAGCAUACAUGAGAGCAGUUGUGGAUGAAAUUAUCAAGAACGGCCGAGCAUUGGGCAAGAGAGGAAGAUGCCCCUUGAUGUUUGAAUGGUAUGGGGAGAAGUAUUGGGGAGCUGCACAUGGAUUGGCAGGGAUUAUGGAUGUUUUGAUGGACAUGGAAUUGAAGCCAGAUGAGGUUGAAGAUGUCAAGGGUACUCUCAUGAUCGAUAAUCGCUUUCCUAGUGGUAACUACCCUGCUAGUGAAGAAGAUAAAAACAGAGAUGUUCUUGUUCACUGGUGUCAUGGAGCUCCUGGAAUUGCCCUCACUCUUGCAAAAGCUGCAAAGGUUUUUGGAGAUAAAGAAUUUAUGGAAGCGGCUGUUGAUGCAGCAGAGGUGGUGUGGAAACGCGGACUGCUAAAGCGAGUUGGCAUUUGCCAUGGCAUUAGUGGGAAUGCAUAUGUGUUCCUUUCGCUCUACCAACUGACAGGAAAUCUAGGGUUCUUAUACAGAGCCAAAGCUUUUGCGUGUUUUCUAGUUGAUAGAGCUCACAAGCUUAUAUCGGAGGGAGAGCUCCAUAGAGGUGAUAGCCCUUACUCCUUGUUUGAAGGGGUUGGCGGUAUGGCUUAUCUUCUUUUGGACAUGAUUGAACCUUCUGGGGCAAAGUUUCCUGCUUACGAACAGUAAACUGUGUUUGUAAGAGCAAAGGGGAAGCCUCCUCGUGUAAAAUUACCGUCACUCGUUGUAAUUUAUAAUGAGUAUAUAUGACAACUUUUCUGACCA